AUGAGUUUUGUUAUAUUGAGUUCUGUUCUAACUGGUAUUAUUGGGUUGUUCAGCUAUUUCCUCUAUCACUGGUCUUAUUGGAUCCGCCACGGUAUAUCUGGGCCACGUGGUUAUCCUGUAGUGGGUGUCUCCAAUAUAACGUAUAAUGGGGACUACCCGCCAUAUUUGAGGAUCAAGGAAUGGGGAAAGAUCUACGGCCCAAUAUUCGGGUUCACGGAAGGUAUCAAGAAGACUCUUGUUAUUUCUGACCCAGAAAUUGUGAAUGAAGUAUUUGUGAAACAGUUUGACAAUUUCUAUGGAAGAAAGCUAAAUGCACUUCAUGGAGAUCCAGAGAAAGAUAAAAAGGCGAGUAUGUUCAUGGCUCAAGGAUUCAGGUGGAAGAGGUUAAGGACAAUUUCCAGUCCCACUUUCUCUAAUAACAGUUUGAGAAAAGUGACUGGAACUAUUGAAGAAUGCUCACUGGAACUUCUACGUCACAUCGAAAACCAAACUACAGACGGACAGCAAAUCGAUAUGUUACAUUUCUACCAAGAGUUCACUCUCGACGUGAUUGGCCGAAUCGCUAUGGGUCAAACCGACUCUCAAAUGUUCCAGAACCCUCUAUUCCCUCAUGUCCGCUCGAUUUUUGGAGAGAGCCGACAGAAAAUUAUGAUGAUUGGAGCAGUCUCCCCAGCUAUGGUUGACUUGUUGAAAUGGGCUAUUCAAAGGUUUGGGAAUUUCCUUCCCUCGAAAACUGAUCCAAGUUUGAUAUGGAAGACUGUGGAGAAGGCGGUACAGAAGAGGAUUGAGGAGAGGUCAAAAGAUGAGAAUUAUCCGGAAGAGCCUCAAGAUUUUAUUGAUCUGUUUUUGGAUGCGAAGUCAGAAGAAGUGGAGAAUGAUAUCAGUUCAAAGGAUUACAGUCUGAAAAAUAGUCAUGCUAAAAUCUCAAAACGCCUGACAAAGGAUGAAAUUAUAUCUCAAUGCACGUUAUUCAUCAUCGCCGGAUUUGACACAACUGCACUCUCUCUAUCGUUCACUACUUACCUUCUGGCUACCCAUCCAGAAGUUCAGAGGAAGUUACAAGCAGAACUGGAUAGAGAAUGUCAAGACUCGGAAAUUACAUUCGAUCAUCUCUCUAAACUGAAAUAUUUGGAAUGUGUCAUGAAGGAGACCUUGAGAUUAUAUCCAUUGGCAUCGCCAACCUGCAUGAACGAUACUGUAAUUGGAGAUGGGAUUCGGAUAGAGAAGGGAGUACACGUAGUCGCCAAUACAUGGGCGAUACAUACGGAUCCAAAGAUUUGGGGAGAUGACGCGAAUAAAUUUAAGCCGGAGAGGUAG